CGCAGCAGCAGGCUGACUCACGGCUUGCCAGUGCCAGUCAGUCAGAGAGUCGAUCGGGCGAAAGAAGCACUCGUGUCUCGUCGGACAUGAGUCACUCGGCUAGGCAGCCGUGUCCGCUGCUCGUUCUGUGAAUCCGCAUUGUUCGCCUCGUUCCCGCCGCGCGUUCUGUGAUGUGUUCCGAUCGGCCGGUGCGCCAACUGUGCUGUGACCGCCCUCGGGCACUCAUUUUCCGCCCUCCCCGGCACCAGCUACUAUGAGCAACCGAGGAUACUACGUGCCCUGCGCCCCCUUUUUAUUUUUCGUUCCUGACAGUGGAGGGACGGCGCCACAACCGGCGCUUGCGGGCGCCGCGAACGCCCUUGAGGUCCGCCCCCACCCUGCCCAGCCUCCGUUAACCGGGGGCGCGGCGUCCACUGUCGCCCCCGCGCCGGCGGCACCGCAGAUUACCGCAGCCCCCUUCCAGUAUUUAGUCCAUGAGCAGGCAAAGUCACUCGUCGCCCUGCAGGAGCUGCAAAACGAAGUGGGCGCCUUACUCGAGUUUCGCGAGCUGGUGAUCGAAACGUUUCCCCACCUGCGAAACAAAAUCUCGUCCGCCUCCUCGACCAUGGGCAGCGAAGUGAACCUGCCGGAGGCGAGCACCUCGUCGGCGCCCGCCACGCCGUCCACCACGGCCGUGGGGCCCGGCUGGGGGCCGGGGGUGCGCGUGCGGCGUCGCAUCCCCAAGGAGCGCAGCUCGCCCACGGCCGAUGACAGCUCGGCAGAGAUGACCAAGCUGCCCAAAGGGCCCAAAAGCACCGAGGGCGCCGCCUCCUGCAGCACGGUCCAGGACUCUGGAUUCAGCACGGAGACGAAGGAGCACCAUAGCAGUGGUGCGUCGGUGAAGGCGUCAAGCGGUGGAAGCAGCAGUGGUGGCGUCAACUCAGACGCCUCCAUGGACGAGCUGUGGAACCUGCUGGACGUGAUCCAGCGCAAGGGAUCCCGCCUGCGCAACGAGGUGCAAGAGCUGCAGACCAAACUGCAGCAUGAGGCUGUGAGAGGCGGCGGGGGCGAAGGCACCGCCGCCGCAGACUGGAGUCCGCCCCCAGGGGUGCGAAGCUGGGGCGAUGACGACGACCCUUCCGAGGUGCGCAGGCUUCGCAUGGAGCGAGACGUCCUCCUCGACAAGGUGACUGAAAUGGAAGCUGAAACUCUGCAGUCCCGGGCUCGCGUGUCGCAGUUGCAGGCUGAGCUGCAUCAGAUCUCGUCCAUCAGACGCGGCCUCGAAGACCAGUUGCUGCUGUCCGCCCGCAACAGCUGUGUCUGCUCGAUGUCGUCCACUUCGCCAAGACGCAACCUUAAGCUCGAGUCGCCAAGGGCUUCUAGUCAGGUGCGUGAGCGUUCUUCCGGAUUCCAACCUGUGCGCUCGUCGAGUGGUCCGUCGCCACGGCACGUGCGGCGCCGUUCGUCGAGACUGGACAGCGUGUCAUCGCCGCUCGACUUCGACUCGCGCAUCCCGCGCUACGUGCACCGGCCGUCGACGGUGGGCCGGUCGCCAUCGCCCGCCACCCUCAGCCAACCGCCGUUUGGCAACUUGGACCGCGUCAUCGGCGACCCACAGCAGGUGACGCUCAACCUGCCGCCCUCGUUCAAGCCCAGCCCGCACAAGGUGGCCGCCAUCCUCGGCGAACGCAACCACGUUGAACUCCAGAGACAUUUGCUCACUUCUGUCGUUCAUAACGAGGCCUUGCAAAUCGAGUUGGAACAUGCUUCCCUCCGGAAAAGCGAAAUCAAUGGUGAACUGGAGCGGAUGCGAGAGGAGAACGACGAACUCAGGUUUCAGCUGGAGGAAAAGAGCAUAGAACUGGAAGGAACACGUGCCAGGGUGCGAGUGCUGGAGCGGCACUCGGGCGGCAAGAUGGCCACCAAUGGCCACCACGAGUCGAGCCGGAACCUGAAGCAGCAGCAAGAGGACCCGAUUUUGCUGGCGAUGACCAACACGUCGAGCACCGAGUCGGCGCACGACCUGGCCCUGGCGGUGGACCGGCCGCCAGAGCCGCCCAAGCGGCAGAACAACAAGUCCAGCGUCGUCAGCAGCAAUAAUAACAACAAUAAAUUCGGCCCCAGCAGCAACAACAAUAACAACAAUAAGAGCAGGAUCCCACUGCAGACGGGCACGCCUCCAAAGGGCAGUCCUGAGAAGAAGAAAAAUUCGGCCGGGUCGUUGGGCAGGGCGAGCCUGAAAAAGGUGGUGGGAGGCGCGAGUCUCAAGUCGAGUCGAGAGUCGCUGGCGUCGUCGACCCUGAUGAGCCGCUCCAAGGACUCGCUCAAUCGGCUGAGCUCGCUGCCGCGCAAGAACUCGUCGCUGCCGCGGCCCAACAACUCGCCGGCCCACAAGGGGGGCAAGACGAACCCCUUGGACGCGGCUACCAAGGGCGUGCACCACUCGUUGAGCAGCGUGCCCAUGGUGGAAGUGGCGCUGUGCCCGGCUGACUCGCUGAACACGGCGCAGUGCCGGCGCCGCGGCGACGAGGUAGUGCCCUGGCAGGGUGCCUCGAUGGCCUUCUCCUACUUCGACAGCAUCAACUCGGAGCAGCUGUGGCAGAGGCACUCGUCGACCGGUACCACCGGCGACUCGCUCGAGCAGUACUGAGAUAAUCAAAAACACUUGAAGGACACUCUUGGUGCUCACGCUGCGUUUUCUCGUUCAUUCCGUGGAAAGGUUCUGACAGGUUUCACUGUUGAUGCAGGGGGCCUGCAGGCUCGGAAGCGUUUUCUGCCACGAAAAUGGGCUUGUUGUUGAGAAUAAUGUGAUAUGUUCAGAUUUUUAAUUUUUAUAUCCCCUGCAGGUCUCCCCGCAGAAAAAUCUGCCUACAGAACCGCUUUCGUUGAUAAAAAAAAUGCAUCAUUGCCCAUACGAGUAGAUUAGUCUCGCGCAGACCGGCGGAAAUCGCAUUCAAUCGUGGUCAAACUUUGAAAACAUUUGUCGCUAAAUAUUUUUUAAGCUUGGCCGACCUCGCAGACCGAGGCUGCUUUUUUAAUUGAAU